AUGUCAAACCCAAUGCACGCCAGCGCCAACCGCGACGCAGCCAGUAAAUGUUCGCUCUCUGUCGUUCUGCGCAAGUUCAGUGUUCUUGCGCAGCGGCCCGAACCGAAGAAGUACCCACCGAUCUCUUCUAUUCCUCGCACAUCAGCUGCACGCUUAGCUCAAGCUGCUGAAGAUCAUAUCAUCGAUCGCGACCAUCCUGCGCCAAAGACAUACCUAUAUCUCGCUUAUGGCUCUAACCUCGCCGCUGAGACAUUUCUGGGCGUUCGUGGCAUUAGACCGCUGUCCCAGGUGAAUGUCUCAGUGCCAACGUUGGAGCUCAAGUUCAACCUUCCUGGAAUUCCUUAUCGUGAGCCAUGCUUUGCGAACGUCGAUUAUAGAAAGCUUCCUGAGAAGCCAAAACUGCCUCCAAAGGUGCCGGUUCCACCCUUUGAUCCUCCACAACCACCACACUCUGAGGAGAUCAGGUGGGAUGAGGGUCUUAUGGGCGUGGUAUACGAAGUAACAGAGGAGGAUUAUCGCACCAUCAUCCGUACUGAAGGUGGUGGAGCGGGUUACAAAGAGAUUAUUGUGCCUUGCAUACCAUUACCUCCCAGGAUGUCGAUCCCUGAGAAGCCAUUCCCCGAUAUCCCUCGACCUUUUAUGUCGAGAACGCUUUUUGCACCACAGAUUCCUGACAAGGAUUUGCCCGAUGACCCCCGCAAGCACAAGUGGUGGUAUCGCUUUCUGAUCGGUCCUCAGCGUGAACCUGGCUACGCCCAAGCUAGUGCUCGGUAUCUGAAUCUCAUCAAAGACGGUGCCAAGGAACACGAACUUCCCGAUGGAUAUCAGCGUUACCUGCACUCAUUACAGCCAUACACAAUAACAACGUUGAGACAGAGAAUAGGGGCAUUCUUUUUCCUCUUCUUCACUGUCUUUUUCUUCGGAACGGUCAUUCUCCUGUCUAAGUUUUUAGCCGACAAGCGCGGCAAAGUGCCCCAAUGGUUGGCUGUCACCAUGACAGUUAUGUUCACUGUGGCCUGGAUGGUUUACGAUAAUGUUUUCAAGCCUGUUUUUGGAAAUGGUGAAAGAACUGAAGAGAAGGAUGAGAGGAAAACACACGGGCGAAAACGUUCUUUGUCGGCGAUGCUUAAUCACUUUCCAUCGGCAGAUGAGGAGAAAGUGGAAUUAUUGGUCGAGUAUAAUUGA